AUUUUAUUAAAUCUCUAGGAUAGACACAAAAUCAUUUAAACAACAUGAAGAGAUUGCAGUAUGGAAAUAGUAUGUGAAGACUAACUAUAUGACACUGGGUGAACAAUACCACACUGUCAUUUAGUGGAACAUGCCAUUUGAGAAGCAUAUGUUGACUACCUGGUUGUUUUAUGUCAAAACAUUUCUUGGAUUAUUCAGUAUUUUGCAAGCCUCAACAAUAUUGAAGGAAGUUAAAGUCGGUCAGCGAAUAAUUUUAGGCUGUAAAUUUUCAAGGGAAGUUUUGUGGCUUAAAGAUGGCCAAGUUAUUGACAAGACCAACAAACAUUAUACUUUUAAACAUGGUGGAGUUGUUUUGAAAAUUAAGAAUACCACUCAAAUGGAUAGUGGGCUGUAUACUUGCCAAGAUGUGAAAAAUCGUACAGCUACAUUAAGAACAUACAAUGUUACUAUACCUAAAGUAAAAUUGAGCUUUAUUUCAAUGGAUGAAAUGAUACAAGAGAAAGAAAAUGUUGUCAAGAAAGGAGAUUCGUAUAUAUUCAUAUGUCAUGCCACUGGAGAGAAACCAAUUGAGUAUCAAUGGUAUAAAGAUGGCAAACUAUUGAGGGAUUUUAGUCAGUCCUCAAUGACAUUACAGCAAAUUAAAAAUGGUGACAGUGGACGAUAUACUUGUCAAGCUAGGAAUAAAUAUAACAUUAUUGCAUUCAAUUAUACGUUAAAAGUUAAAGAUUUGGAAUUUAGUUUUGUUGCAAUGGAAAGGAUGAAACUUGAUGCUACUACUCUUAUUGCAGCAGGCAGCACACAUACAUUUCAGUGUCUUGCAGUUGGAGAGGGAGCAAUAACAUAUGAAUGGUUUAAAAACAGUAAAAAGCUCCACACUUAUAAUGAACCAAAAUUCACGUUACAUUCUGUUAAAUCAGAUGACAAUGGAAGAUACAGAUGUGAAGUUAAAAAUAAAGGCAAAGUGCUAAAAUUCUCUUUUAUACUAACAGUUCGCGAAGACGUUCGUUCCAGACCUCAUCUUAUGAAGGACCCAUUUAAGAAUCAAACAAGAUAUGUUGGAGAAAAUACAACGAUAGAGUGUCUGGAUAUUAUAAGUUUAUCAGUUUCUCACUUUAAUUGGUUUAAAUGGGCACACUCGGUGAACAAAACUGUGAUCCAAAAAGUAAUUGAUUCGCAAUCACAACAAUUUCUUUCUAAAUUUGGAAAGUUCUUACACCGAAAUCAGUCAAAUCCAAUAUCCAUAGAGAAUGUGGGGAAAAGCGGCAUUUAUGGUGUAGAAUUGAUGCUAGUAAACUUAACAGUAAAUGAUUCGGGUUAUUACACAUGCUUAGUCAGCAACCACAUUGGAAUUGACAGUGCUAACAUGUAUCUGAAUGUACUGCAAAGAGAGCAACAGACACUGAUAGCAUCAAGCAGGAAAGUAGGCACUAAAAGCAAAACAAUGUUGAUAGUAAUUGGUGUGUUGAGUGCUGCUGUUAUCAUUGCAUGUGUUGUGCUCGCAGCACUGUUUUUUAAGUGGCGGUCUAAGAAACAAGCUGGGAAAGCUGGUAGCAUAGCACUCACAGAUGUCAAAAAGCUUAAUAUUGAUCCAGACAAUUCUUCACAAAAAUUUCGAGGUUUUUCUAGUGGAGGUUCGGCUGUUCCCUUGCUUCAUGAUGGAAGAAUUUAUAGUAUUUCAGAUGCCAAACUGAUAUUUGGUGACCUUAAUGAUGUAUUUGAAAUCCCCUUUGAUCCAGAAUGGGAGAUUGAUCGUGACUGUCUGCAUAUUUCUGAAACACUUGGUGAGGGAGCUUUUGGAGUUGUAGUGAAAGCGCAGGCAGUUGGGUUAAAAAAAUGUGAAGAACAUCAAACAACUGUUGCUAUAAAAAUGUUGAAAGCUGAUGCUACUGAACACGAACUUUUGGAUCUGCUGUCAGAAAUGGAAACAAUGAAAACUAUAGGAAGGCAUCAAAAUAUCAUCAAUUUUAUCGGGUGUUGUACUCAAAGUGAUCCUAUUUACGCGGUGGUUGAGUAUGCACCCUAUGGAAACCUCCGCCAAUAUCUUCGUUCUAAACGCCCUCCGCCAUCUGAUUCUGAUGAACGGCCAAAACCUUUACUUGUGACCAAAGACAUGGUGUCUUUUGCGUUACAGAUUGCAAAAGGGAUGGAAUAUCUCGCUUCUAGGAAGUGCAUCCAUCGCGAUCUUGCAGCUCGUAAUGUUUUGGUUGGCGAAAAUUACGUCAUCAAGAUUGCAGAUUUUGGUCUAGCAAGAAGUACAAACGAUAUUGAUUAUUACAGAAAAACUACAGAUGGACGGCUUCCAGUUAAAUGGCUUGCUAUCGAAGCUCUGUUUGAUCGCAUCUACACAACGCAGAGCGAUGUUUGGGCGUUUGGAGUGUUAUUAUGGGAGAUAUUUACGCUGGGUGGAUCUCCCUAUCCUGGUAUUCCUGUCGAGAGAUUGUUUGACCUGCUCAAAUCUGGUUUUCGUAUGGAUAAACCACAAGUCUGUCCUGCUGAAGUAUAUGAAAUCAUGGUUAAAUGUUGGUAUGAGAAUCCAAGUAAUCGACCAAGUUUUACGGAUCUUCUGCACGAACUUGAAUCACUUCUAGAAGAACUUUCGAGUCAGGACUAUAUGCAUGUUCUUGCACCUUCAAUGUCGUCUUUAACUUCUACAGAAGGCGACAGUAGUGGCUGUUUCAACAGCGAAGAAAAUAACCCCUUCACCGCAACUGCUAAUGAUAUUUUAGGAAAAUGCUGAUUAAAGCUCUCUAAGCUAAAUACGGUUUGCUUAACGAAUGAAAAAAUAUUUUAAUGAGUAACCAAACUAAAUAGAGCUGUUUUAUAUAAAAUUUCCGACGUAUUUUUAAACAAAUUUUAGUUGUGCGUUUUUUGUUUUUAAGUUUUAAAAAAACCAUGGCAUAUAAAGAAGCCUUUGCAGUGUCGUACUCAUGUCCAAUGAGAGCUUUAGAACUUAUCGCUUCUAUCGCUCUAUCGAUAUCGAUUUUAAAAGCGAUGGAACUUAACGGUACGAUUUUAAAAGCGAUAAAACUUCUCUGCAUCGGUUUAAAAAGCGAUGAAACUUAUCUGUAUCGAUUUUAAAAGCAAUGAAACUUAUCUGUGUCGAUUUUAAAAGCGAUGGCACUUAACGGCAUUGAUUUUAAAAGCGAUAGAACUUAACAGUAUCGAUUUUAAAAUCGAUGAAACUUCUCUUUCGGUUUUAAAAGCACUAAACAGUAUCGAUUUUUAAAGCGAUAAAACUUAACGGUAUCGAUUUAAAAAGCGGUAGAAUUUCUCUGUUUAUUUUAAAAGCGAUGGAACUUCUCUAUCUAUUUUAAAAGCGGUGGAACUAAACAGUAUCGAUUUUAAAAGCGAUAGAACUUCUUUGUAUCGAUUUUAAAAGCGAUAGAACUUCUCUGUAUCGAUUUUAAAAGCGAUAGAACUUCUCUGUAUCGAUUUUAAAAGCAAUAGAACUCGGUAUAGGUGGUGUUGCUAGAGAUUAUUUGGAUUUUUUUUAAACGACAGGUUUCUAUACAAAACAUGUAAAUGCUAUGUUUUUAUUUUACUACAAGAACUUUUUAUACGAAAUUUUACUUUUCAAUAUUAUUUAUAUAUUACUCGUAAAUGCAAUGUUUUGUAUUUAUAUCUUCUAGUGAAUUUUUAAGAUUGUUUAAGUUUUGUCGGUUUUUGUACAAAGUGUUUUCAUUUAUUUGGACCGUGUUGUUUGUUUUUUGGAUUGUGAUGUAUAUAACUGUGGAGUGUGAACCAGCGAAAAGAACAGAGUUAUACAAUGGCAAAUUCUAACCAGGCUGGUCAUUAUUCUUAAACCUACUUUUUUUAACUGAAAAUCCCAGCCUGUUGUUUUUAUAGAGCAUAUUCUUAUAAAAAAACUUAAGUGUAAUGAAAGCCUUAAUGAUGAUUGUAAAAUUUUGAGUGGAUGAAUUAGUUUUUUGCCUGUUUGUAUAGCGUGGCACUUUCGGCUACAAUAGUGGAUGCGCCGUGUUGGCAAAUUUUCAGAUCAUGUUGGUUCGCUGUUAAUUUCUUUAUUUCUUCUGGGUCUCUUUAAAUAUUUUUUUAGUCUGAUAAAAUCCAACAACUGAAUGCAAGUAAACCAUUCUUAGAGAACAAAAUUUUUAGGGCGAGAUCUCGCUUUGUUAAUAAACAUUAAAUCCAGUUUCGUGUGAAAAAAUAUUUCCUGUUUUACAGCAGUUUCUAAUAACUCGUGAUCUCAGAACCUGAGGAAAAUUUUGUUCGUGUAAAUAAAAUCAAUAUGGAAAGUGCGCUUUUUUACUGUAUUUUUUCAGUAUAUUUUUUCAAUGAAAAAUUUAGAGGAUUAUUUUAUAUGGAGAUUUUUUUUUUGGAGAUGAAAUAGUUUUUGAAUAUGACAGACAUACAAUAUAUUGUCGUCAAUUCCCAAACUUGAAGUUUUCAUGAAGGUUUAUCUCUUGUAAGUUUUAUUAAGCAAUUUAGAUUGAUUGAAAGUUUACGUCUCCAACUUUGUAGUAAAAAAAAUAUUAUAUCUUAAAGCUGUUAAUUCAAAGGAUUUAAGUUUGGGGAAAUGUCAGACGAGGCAACAGCAACGCGAAUAUGUGUGACUUUUUUACCAUUAAGAUUGUAGCUAAUGUGAUAUAUAACAUUGAAAUACUGAAUGUAUUUUGGAAGUAAAAGUUGUCGUCACAUACCCUCGGAUUUAGUUUUUCUGUUACGUUUUCUCGACCUUUUUCUUGUAUAGUGGUAUUUCUUUUUAAAACUUAAUCAUGAUGAUACUAAAAUGUUUCGCAGACAUUGUAUAGCGGAUAUUUUACCUUUUAAAAAUUCUCCAAAUAGUGUUCCUAUUAAAAUGUCGGUGUGAACGUCUUCACUUUGUAACUCCUUUAAAGGGGGAUUUUCACGAAGCGAAUUGAACGGCGAAUUCGAUGGCGAAUUCGCUUUUUGAUUUUCACGACAAAAUAAAUUGACGCUAAGUUCAUUGUUUACAUUGGUUAACCGCGUUCUGAUUGGUCUAAAACUAGCAGCGAAACCUUUAGCCGCGAAAAAGUAGGAACUGUUACUACUUUCCGCGAAGCGAAUAUUUUGAUGCAAAAUCAUAACAAACAAAACUGCGCAUGCUCAUGUACAAUUCGCCGCUCAAUUCGCUUCGUGAAAAUCCCCUUAAGAGCUAAAAUCCGCAACAGGCAACCCUAAUUUGGCGGGUGUACUUUUAGCGAUGUUUAUAGUCCUAAGACUAAAUAAUCAUGAGUAAAAAAAAACAAGUCUAUUUCUUUUCGGAAGAUUUUUAUUAAAAAUGACAAUUUUCUUGAGAAAGAAUGCAAAAUGUGCGAGCGGAAAUUGUUUACCCUUUCCUUACAAUAAAAAUCAAUGUUUUUAUAUUAUAAUGUUUUGGUUUCCACAUAAGCGGAAAUUCCACUUACACGCUUUUUGUAACAAUAGCAUUCCAGCCAGGUCUUUUUUCUGAUUUCCCCAUCCUCGGCCCCAGUGUCUUGUGGCCCCUGAGCCGUUAUUUCGCCGCU